GGGCGGCGGCCGCAGCGGGCGGGCGCACUCCGGCCGAGCCAUGCUGGCGGCGCGCGUGGAGUAUAUCGCGCCCUGGUGGGUGGUGUGGCUGCACAGAGUCCCGCACGUCGGCUUGCGCCUGCAGCCGGUGGACAGCACCUUCAGGCCCCGCGAUGAGAGUUACCAGGAGUCGCUGCUGUUCCUGGGGCUGGUGGCCGCCGUCGGGCUGGGCCUGAACCUCGUCUUCCUCGCGGCUUACCUGGUGUGGGCGUGCUGCUCCCUGCAGAACAGUGCGGUGCAGACCAAGCGUCGCCACCCCUGCUGCAUCACCUGGACGGCCGUGGUGGCUGGGCUCGUCUGCUGUGCUGCAGUGGGCGUUGGUUUCUAUGGAAACAGCGAGGCCAACGACGGGGCGUACCAGCUGAUCUACUCCCUGGACAACGCCAACCACACCUUCUCUGGGAUCGAUGUGCUG